GUGCUGGAAGUCCAUGAGAAGCUGGACAGGCAGAGCUCACAGGAAUAUGAUGAAGAUCUUAGUGAGAAAGACAAGGCCAUCGUCAGAGAGAUGUGCAAUGUGGUUUGGAGAAAGCUGGGUGAUGUUGCCAGCUCCAAGCCUUCCAUCCGACAGCAGCUUUCAGAUGUCGCAGGUCGCCUUCCAUGGAGGCCGCCAUCUUGAACCGCUGUGUUUCUGCAGUAGCCCAGAAGAGACAAACCAAACACUCACUCUACAUGGGGCUGUUUCUGGUUUUUUGCAUGUUUUGCAACCACCAUAGUUUCUCUUUUGCACUUGGAAAGGGAGGGUGAAGCAAGUAAGUGGCAAUUUGCAACUACAACGCUAGAUGCCGCUAAAUCCUACACACUGGACCUUUAUCAGAUGCUUUAGAUAAAAAAACUUCACUUUUUACAGCUUAUGGUUGCUAUAUACUGUACAGUCAUUUUAUAGGAGUCAUAAAUUAAGUUACAUGCUUCAUACGUUCUAUUUGUUUUAUUUUCACAUUCGUAUGAAAUGAUUUUGAUCUACGUAUGUGCUGUCUUUAGGUCCCAUUUUAUUGAAUAAAAGAAUGUGCGCAUUUACUGAAUAUGGCUGAGUUUCAGUCUGAAUGUGGCGAUUAACCCAAGUUAUAUGUCAUUGCCUAUCUUAAAAUAAUAAUCUAAACUUUAAAAACCACUUGUUCAAUCCUUAGAAAUUUGCAAAGUAACCCCUGUUGAAAACUCUUCCUGUACACAAAACUGCUUUUUUGUUUGUUACAAGCACAAUUUAUGUUUUAACAACAACCACUUUUAGAUGAUUUUAAAAUAAAGUUGAAGUAUACUUUCUUCUUUUUAAUCUGUGUUUCAUAUUUGAUUUGAUUUGAAAGUGAUUCCAGUUUUCUCCCUAUGUUUUGAUAACUGUGCUAACACACUCCAUUUCCUGUUUCCUUUAUCUAAGACAAAAUACAGAUGCAACACACCUCACCACCUAACAAUAUUAAUACAUACAGUAAAUAAUGUAUUACAUCACUAAUGACAUAAAUAGUAGAACUAUUGAUCACUAGAUAAUACCUGAUAAUAACAUAGAAUAAAUAUUUACUUUUUUGUGACUCAGAUGCCCCCACCCCAAUGUUCCCCCUAAAGCCUUAAGCCCUGAACCCUCACAGAUUUAGUUGACAUCACUGGUGUGCUUGAGUGCAUGAGGCCUCAAAUGGUAUAAACAUAUAGGGCAGCACUUUUCAGCAUAUCAGCAAAUACAUAUCUUUUGCAACAAUUCUGAAAAUGUAAAAAAAUAUUACAUUGUUUUUAAUUCUAGCACACUUUUGUUAUUGCCAACAUGCCUUUUAUUAUUAGUAUUUAUCUUUAUUGUUUGGGGUUUUACUUAAUUGUAUUUCUGUAUUAUUUUAAUUACCUGAUUUGGUCCUGAACUGUUUUAAUCCUGGUUCAACCAUGUAAACGUUUUUGUAAGUUUCACUUGAAAAGUGAUGUAUAAAUAAAGU